AUGUCCGGAAUCGCAAACCAGUGGUAUGUCGGAGGCAUGCCGGUCCCACACAACCAAGUCGUACGCAGAGACGACAGCUAUACCCCAUUCCAGACUUGCUUCGGUGGUUCAUAUCCUGGCUCCAAUCAGUAUCCCUACCAGUCCUUCACAGGACAGGGAGGCUAUGGCGCCAGCGACCAAAUUCUAUACGCUAACAACCAGCUCACGUUCACUCCAGGGCAGGGCUUUGAGCCUGCAGGCCAUUACCCAAGGUGA